UGCGUGAAAACAACUCUCUAAUUCGAUAUAUCCAUUUGAACAUAUACAUAACAUAAACUAGAGAUCUAUCCAUUAUCAGCUCGAAUAUAUGAUUAAGGAGUGGAAGAGGAGGAGGAAUAACCCUAGGGAUGCCUUAAGCACGGAGGAGACUGUCCCGGCCGAGAGUGUGAGAGAGCCGUCCCAGACGGAAAAUGACUUCUGCAAUAGGUUCAGAUUAGUAUGGAUUGAAGUACCUUGUUCACCCAAGUCGGUGAUUGAUAAAGGCCUAAGCGUGCACUGGGUUGUGGGAUUUUUCUUCCCUUUUGUGUGUUAGUGUUAUCGAUAAAAGAAAGUGAAUGCUAGGAAUAACGCCUUGUAAUAUCUCACCAUGUUCUGCCAUGACGAUAUUGUCAAGCUACGUCGCCACCUAGCAUUGGUGGUUCGGUGGCAGCAGCUUAAGAAGAGAGGUGCCGCCAUUACUGCCGUGCUCUUCUUCUCCAUCUUUGCUCUAGUCGGCGCGAUCGUCAAUGUCGCUUGGAUCAAUGGCCCUACAUUUUCCAGUGCAGCGCGAAUGGCACUGUUCGGCACACCAAAGGGUCGACUCAAAUGCACCAAUUCUUCAGGGAGCCUAAAGUACACAUGCCCAAGAAACAACUACCCCACCGAUCAUCAGGUCCGCCAGUCAUCAUCAUCAUGCCCAUCAUACUUCCAGUGGAUCCACGAAGAUCUACGGCCAUGGAGGGAGAUGGGGAUCACCCAGGACAUGAUCAGGGGUGCCCGCAAGACCGCACACUUCAAGCUAGUCAUCGUAAACGGUCGGGCCUACAUGGAGAAGUACAAGCCCUCUCUGCCGGCCAGAGAUCAGUUCACCCUGUGGGGUAUCCUCCAGCUCCUGAGGUGGUACCCUGGCAGGCUGCCAGACUUGGAGCUCAUGUUCGACUGCGAUGACCGGCCCGUUAUAAGACGUAAGGACUUCCAGGGACCGCGGAAGCCGCCACCACCCCCACUGUUCCGGUACUGCCGGGACGAUUGGACGUUGGAUAUUGUAUUCCCUGAUUGGACCUUUUGGGGAUGGCAUAUUUUUCUGUCUUCUUGGCAUGUAUAUAUGUCGUGUAGGCCGGACGUAAACAUUAAGCCAUGGAAGCAAUCGUUGAAGGACAUUAAGGAAGGCAAUGAGAGGACGGUGUGGGAGGAGAGGGUGCCCUACGCUUACUGGAGAGGGAACCCAUAUGUAUGUCCCUCCCGACAAGACCUUCUCAAAUGUAAUGUCUCUGACAAGUACGAUUGGAACGCCCGCCUCUACAUCCAGAAUUGGAAUGAACAAGCGAAAGCCGGGUUUAAGCAGUCCAACCUAGCCAAUCAGUGCACUCAUCGGUACAAGAUUUACGUGGAGGGGUGGGCAUGGUCGGUGAGCGAGAAGUACAUUUUUGCAUGUGACUCGAUGACGUUGCGCGUAAGGCCUAAUUUCUAUGACUUCUUCGCAAGGGGGAUGGUGCCAUUGAAGCAUUUCUGGCCUAUUAGGGACAACAGCAAAUGCACCUCCUUAAAGUUUGCUGUUGAAUGGGGCAACAACUAUACGGAUAAAGCAAAGGGCAUUGCAGAAGCCGGGAGCCAGUACAUCCAUGAGGACGUGAAGAUGGAGUAUGUCUACGACUUCAUGUUCCACAUUUUGAACGAGUAUGCGAAGCUGCUGAGGUUCAAGCCCACUGUACCGGCAGGCGCAGUGGAGCUGUGCCCCGAGGUAAUGUUGUGCAAUGCGACCGGGAGGCAUAAGGAGUUCAUGAUCGAGUCCAUGGUCGAGUCCCCGAGUGAGUCGGCCCCUUGCACUCUUCCCCUUCCUUACGAGCCCGCCGAGCUCCAAGCUUUCCUUGAUCUCAAGGCCAAUUCUACUCGACAGGUGGAGAUGUGGGAGAACGAGUAUUGGCAAAAUCAGAAUAGAAGGAACUAGCAAUGAGAUCUUGGCUAGAUUUACUAAGAUAUAUUUAUAUUCGUUUCUUUUUUUUUUUCUCAUUUUAAUUAUGUAUUGGACUAAAUGGGCCCUUCUUUGGGCUUAACAACUUGAAAAUCAAAGAUUAGAAAUGCUUCUGU